GUGACGCCAGCAACUAGCAAUGAACGCGAAUACCGUCCAAGCGUUGGUAAAUUCGCUUGUUUUGUGUCAGUAUGGUCGCACAGAAGUUGAAUCAUUUCAUGUUAUUGCAUUUUAUCGAGUCAAAAUAUCUGAAUUUUACAACAGCUGGUCGGCCCUUUGAAAACAAUGACGAAAAGUGUGGAAGCUAAAAUCGAAUCACUUGUUGACGCAGGUUAUAAGCAGGUCAAGUCCAGGUUGUAGUUCCUAAAUAAUGACUGGAGUUGCUGUUAGCAUUUAGCCGGUCCAAGCUAACCUCCUGAAGCUUCGGAGAAGUUGCAGGUGUUCAGGAUACUGUGCCAGCAGCAGCUGCAGCCCAGUGAUUCACAGCAGGAGCCCAAAACCUGGAGGAAGCUGUCAGGCUGGUUUCAGUGUGAAAGGGUUUCUAGAGUUGCCCCGUUUAUUUCCACCCCCACCCUCACUCUCUGUCUGUGUAAAAAUCAAUGCCGCUUCACAAUGUCAACAUUUAAGGUCCCGUCUGCUUCUCAUGCUCUGAUCUGUGUUCCAGCAGGGUGUCUCCUCAAACACACGUCUUUCGUCGGCCUGUUGAGAUUUGGACACCACUGCCAAAUCAUCCUGAGCCACACUCUUGAGUGCAGUUUCUGACUGGGCUCCCCUCCCGGGACACAUGGCACUGAAAUCACUUUCAAGCAGUGAGAUGGACAGACUGGCUCAGCUCCACCCUCCUUGACUGGCUGGUCUUGUUAUUGCUCACGCCCGUACCUGCUCACUAGCUCAGGGACACCUGCCGGAGAGAAACACACUCCCUCUCUCUCUCUUGCUCUCUCCCUCCCUCUCUCUCUCUCUCGCUCGCUACACUUUCCAGAACAAUUCUCCAGCUGUCUGUCCGCUGCAGGACGCUCCCUUGGAUAUUAGGCCGCCGACACAGGUGUGGUGUUUGAUCACAAAAGGGAAGUGGAAACCUUCAACCGUACCAUGGCCAGCGGGGACAAGGCCUCAGUUUUCCUGACCACUAAAGUGCGGACCAAGCUGAAGGGAGACCUGAGCUGGCUCCAACAGCGUCCUGGAGCUGAGGAUAACAAGGCUGAGGAGGAGAGGCCCUGGCUGGCAGAGGUGAGAGCACGGCGCAUGAAUGGAGAAGAGCUGGAAGCCAGUCCCGUGUCACCCACUCCCACCACGGCACCGCAGCCCACCACCGAGCAGGAGAAGCCUGCGACAUCAGGAUAUCUGAUCCGCGGUGUUUUCACAAAGAUGGAGAAGCCUGUGACGCCAACAGCUACCAACGGUGUCAGCACUACAUCUACACCCUUCAGCAAAAAGCCAUCUGAGAGCUACAAGCUGAUAGCCCCCCACACAGUGAGACCCACUUCAGAGGCCAGUGCGGAGUUCAAGCUGAGCAGUGAGGAGAAGGACAAACGAACGGAAGCAGCCAGCGGCGUCUUGAAGAAAUCCUCGGUCAGGCAACGCUCCUACGUGCUGUCUGCCGCCAAGAAAUUUGAGACUCAAGAGAAGCAGCCUGUCCCAUCUCCGACCAGCACUGCGUUUGUGGCCAAGAGGGUUGAGAUUGGAGAUGAAGGAGAGACCGCUGCAUCGCCUACUGCCAAAACCCUGCCUCUCUCUCCCCCAGCACACCCUGCACCGCAGCCCAGACCCCGGAAAUUGCCGGACCCAAGAGUUCAGAUGGUCGUCGAGGCUCCUGUCAGUGCUACUGUGAAGACGGAGGAAACCCCAGCAAAAGUCUCGGAGCCUGAAGCCUCUGCACCAGUGGGAUCACUGCCAGAGAAAGACCCCUUUGAGGGCAUGAAGCCUGGCUGCACCAAGGUGGCUACUCCUCCUCCAGCCCUCCUCCCAGAUGAAGCUGAUGUUUCAGGAACAUUUGUGGCUCAGUUCGCUCCAGCUUCACCUGCAGCAGAGCCGACAUCCCCCACUCCAGUUUCACCAGAGUCUGCCAACACACUUCCCACAGUCACGUCGGUGACUGACAGGAUAGCUAAGUUUGAGCAGCUCCUUGAAAGCAAACUAGAGCCGGAAUCAGAACAAGUUACAGAACCAGAACCAAAGCCUGAACCAGUGCCUCCGCUUCGGAGACUGACAGUGCCAGAACCAGAACCAGAACCAAAGCCCGAACCAGUGCCUCCGCUUCAGACACUGACAGAGCCAGAACCAAAACCAAAGCCCGAACCAGUGCCUCCGCUUCAGACACUGACAGAGCCAGAACCAAAACCAAAGCCCGAACCAGUGCCUCCGCUUCAGACACUGACAGAGCCAGAACCAAAACCAAAGCCCGAACCUGUGCCUCCGCUUCAGACACUGACAGAGCCAGAACCAAAACCAAAACCAAAGCCCGAACCUGUGCCUCCGCUUCAGACACUGACAGAGCCAGAACCAGAACCAAAGCCCGAACCAGUGCCUCCGCUUCAGACACUGACAGAGCCAGAACCAGAACCAAAGCCUGAACCAGUGCCUCCGCUUCAGGCACCGACAGAGCCAGAACCAAAGCCUGAACCAGUGCCUCCGCUUCAGACACUGACAGAGCCAGAACCAGAACCAAAUCCAGAACCAGCGCCUCUGCUUCAGUCUCUGACAGGACCAAAACUGCUUCCAGAGCCAGAACCAGUGGCACAGCUUCUGCAAUUGUCAGAGCCUAAGCUAGAGUCACAGCAGGACCCGGAGUCAGAGCCAGAGCCAGAGCCAGAACUUCUACUAAAACAAGAGCCUGCUUCACACCCAAGCACCACAGUUGACACGCUUACCGACUUGUCCAACACCCUGCUUGCUUUCAACACAAGGGCUGAGCCAGAGGUGGAAGUGGAGCAAGGGAACCUGGUGAAAACAGAGGAACUCAGUGUUGAGCAGGAUCCAACUCCGGCUCUCAGCAACUCCGAUCCAAUUACAGACGAUCUCCUGGCUCUGGAUGAUGGUCCAGUUGAACCUGUCCCUCCCAGUCCUGGGCGGUGGAGUCAGGAUUUGCUUGGCGCCCUUGAUAGUGGUUCCAGCACCGUACAGACCAGUGGAGGCCUGGAUUUGCUUGCAGAUGACCUUAUUCCAAUCAACACUGAGGCCAGAAGCCUCAGUGCGCCACAGCCAGAGGAGGAGAAGCAGACAGAUGAGACAGCACUGGAAACACAAAGUGCCACCAAGACCGUCAGCGUCACCACAGAGACCCUGGUCACCACUGACAGAAGUGAGGAGGACCUUGAUCCCUGGGGCUCAACAGUUACAACCACAGUCACUCAAUCCAGCUCGGCUGAUCUGUUUGAUCCAUAUCCGAUGGGGACCACGUCCCAGAACAGCAGCUCCACUGACCUGCUGCAGCCCCUCGCUGACAUCUCCAUCAAUAGCCCCGCACCUGCUGUUGAGGAGGAGAAAAGCCCCAGUCCAGAGAUCAAAAUGAGCAGCAACACGCUGGAGUCACUGGCUGAUGACAUCAUCCCGAUAGACACUGACACCACCAGAAUCAGCAGCAGCCGAUCAUGGACGCGCUCAUGGGAAACCAGCCCGAGUCAGCAGGCCGACCCCGAGGAGAGCCCCCAGUCGACUGUCGCGGAGGAGAAAAGCCCCACCGCAGAGAUCAAAAUGAGCAGCGACGCGCUGCAGUCACUGGCCCACGAUGUCGUCCCCAUUGACACCAACAGCACCAGAAUCAGCACCAGCCGAUCAUGGACGCGCUCGUGGGAAACCAGCCCGAGUCAGCAGGCCGACCCCGAGGAGAGCCCCCAGUCUCAGACUGUUGUGGAGGAGGCAAACCCCACUCCAGAGAUCAACAGAUUGAGCAGCGGCGCGCUGGAGUCACUGGCCGAUGAUGUCAUCCCGAUAGACACAGAUGCCACCAGACUGAGAAGCACCCGAUCAUGGGCUCGCUCGUGGGAAACCAGCCCGGAUCAGCCGAGUCAGUCGGCCGACUGGCAGCGCAGCCACCAGAGUCCAGAAGCAGAGGAUCAGCAGACCGUGAUCAUGUUUGAGAGAAAGUCCAAAGAGUUUGAUUCUCCCUGGGACCGAUGGACUUCUCCCACCGUGUACACUGUUUCCCACGAUGAUGAGGAAGAGGACCAGAGUAGGCCAGAGUGGUCCCAGACGGAGAGCGUCUCCACCAUUACCACCUUCAGGGAGACUCAGAGUGCAGCAGAGCCGGCUAUGGAUCGUCUUGAGACCAGGACCGUGAUGGAAACGCCGGAGCCAGAGAACAAGAAGGGCUUUGUGUACGUGAAGGAGUACGUCAACACGUCAGAGCUUUCAACGCACAACGCCAGAGACUCCGCCCACAGUGGCUCGGAUUAUCUGCCAUCAAGCUCGGCGACGUACUCGUACAGCAGCCCUGCCUCUUACUCCAGCAACUCUCACUCCUCCACAUGCACGUACUGCGGGCAGCUGGUGGGCAACGACGCCAAGAUCACCAUCGAGCACCUUGGCAUCAACUGCCAUCCGUCCUGCUUCCAGUGUGCGGUGUGUGGGAAGCCCAUGGGAGACCUGCUCUUCAGCAUGUUCCUGCACGGAGGGAAGGUUCACUGUGAGCGCUGCUACUCUGAGGCUCUGGACUGACCCCCUCCUUCUCCAGUGGCCCACUUCUCAACUCCUUCUGUGGUUUCGGGGGACUCGCCGCACUGCAAUACUGACAUGACCCUUCAUGUUCACGUUACAAUAGAGAGCUUUUCUUUCUCGACGCUUCAGCACAUGGAGGAGGGAUGACAGCAAAAGCUUUUAAUACUUUGGUUACAAAAUGACUUUUUACACAACUCUUCUUCAGAUUUGACAAAAUAAAAGCAUACAAACUCUGUAGAAAGAGUCUUGAAAAACUGCACACAGUUUAGAACAGAACAUUAGGAUCUGUGCAGCAGGUCCAAGGCGCAGUGCUGAGAGUCUCUGGCUUUUCAAGAGACACAAUUCAAAUUCAGAUCACAAUUUAGUUUGGUGUCAAUCAGUCAUCAAGAGAGAUUUGUCUUCAGCGAUUAUCAUCAGCUCCGUGCAGAGCCACAGGAAGGAAGUGGCUCCUGUCCUGCUGCUCUCGCACAGCUAGAGAGGCAGAUCAGCGAAGAGGACCGGGCUCCGCUGCACCACAUGCAUAAUGUUAGCACCGCGCAGCAAAGUGCAUUAGAAUCCUCGGCUCAAUCCAGUUGCUCUGACUCAACAUGCUCCAAUGAUCUGCAGGACUUUGCUCUUGUUGCAACAAAGGACAAAUC